AUUCAGAAUCGUUAUCUUAUCACUUGAUUACCUACCAAAAAGAUAAUCGACUAGGGCGCGAUAGACUGAUGUGUGUACUGUAAUUGUUUUUACAAAAUAACUAAAUGUAAUGAAAAGAAAAAAUGAAGAAAUUGUUUCUUGCUUUUUUGUACAUUUACUAUGCUGAUAGUGUAGUAUUGCCAAGUGUACCAGAACAUUUAGUGCCAUGUUAUAGAGGAGGUGGCCUGCCCUUAGGGGCUCCACGGCGACUAGACGUGUUUGUGUCCCUACUCAAAAAAAUAGAGGUGGAUUCUAAACUUGAUACACGUCUUUUGUCUACUUCUUUACUUAGAAGCCUUCGAUUAGAUGGUAUUGAAGAAGGAGCCACUGCCAUCGAAACUGACUUCGUUCUUCCCUACAGAGCAUCUGCAUUCCAAUUUUACAAGUAUAAACUCCUUAUGGAUUUAUUUCUACCUACUCAGGAACUUUUAACUGUAGACGACAUAUUAGAUUUGCCAGAGAAAUGUCUCAUGCAUAAGAUGUUAAGUACAACUGUGCGGAGAUGGGAACGAGGGGAUGAAAAUAUCGUUUGCCCUUUGAUUGCGCAGCAGAGGCAAACUAUGAGCACACAGAGUUCUACCAGAAUCAACAGCCGUUGUCCAAUAGAAGAGGGCGUUAUUCAAACAAACUGGGGUCCUAUCACUCCCGGUACGAUCGUAUCAGCUGUAGCGGCAUCCUUGGAAUCUCAAAGGGUUCCUCUCACUGAUAUCCUCAAUCAAAACGUAUACAGGGACGGCAUAUCUGAACCACUGAUGGCAGCAGCGAGACAAGAAUGGUAUAAUGAAAUAGAGACGUUCAAUGCAAACGAGCAGGAAGAAACGCCAGAAGUAGAUAUUAGCAACUUAUGGGUUGCUACGCUUGCAGGUGACUUAGCUGAAGUUGUGGUUAAUCAGGGUCCAAGGUACGGUCCGUCGCCACAGAAUCUCGUCGUGGGCACUAACAAUAGGUGGAAUGACACGCUUCUGCCUAGAGACCAUUAUUUAUUACCACAAAAUAUUACUGUGGAUUGGCAAAUCACUGACGCUGAAAUAUUAGGUGGUAUAGAUGGUCUAAUCCUUGCUUAUUACUUACCUACAUGGCUGGCGGAGCGGCGAACUUUGAGACUUUCGCAAGUGUUAGAAAUGUAUUACUCCGACGAAGGGGUUUCUUUUAAUACUAAUGUACGCGCAUGCGCCAGGCAAACUUUAUUCAAAAGUAUGUUCAACACGUCUCAAAUUCUAACGGAAACAUCGCGGUUGGCUCGAGUUUUGUCAUUAACACAGGUCUCAGCCUAUGUUCCUACCGAAGAAAUGGAUAGAAUAAGCAAAGCAGUUGUUACUGCCUUUGAAAACUAUCUCCCAACUGUACUAAGUAAAUAUCAUACAGACUGCCAAAGCAGUGCGAACGUUCCAGUAAUGGAUUUAAUAGUAGCCACUGAUGGGUCAUGGAAAGGCUAUGAAGUGGAACAGUUUAUGUCAUGGUUAGGAGGCGCUCUAGAAAUAAACAUGCAGAGAAGUACCUUGGCUCUGUUGCACGGUAAUACGGGCCAGUGGAUAGUGCCAUCGUCCAAUAACUUGACCACUGUCUUUUCGCACAUCGCUAAUUUUACUGAUGAAUGGCCGAAUCGCUUAAACAUUCGAAACAUCUUAUCAAAUAUUAUCGAAUAUUCUCGCAACAAGACUCUCUUGAAUGUGGAAGCUAAAGCUAGUGCGGCCCCUAGCACCGUGGUCCUCAUCGUGAGUCCCAGCGACCAGCCUUCCUCCGCUGAGCUAGAUCGCGCCACCUCACUCAUGAACUCUCUGAGAGCUAGCUUCUUCGAUGUGUAUUUUGUAUAUGCAUCUCAGAACCUCGAAGGAUUUCAGAAUAUAAACAGCGAAUACUUAGAUUAUUCAGAAUUAUUUUUGCAGCUGCCAUCAUCAAAUGUACAAGACGUCAUCAAAUCUGUCGAUACUAAUUUAGUUAAAAGUGAAAUUCCGACGAGCGUCAUAGGAGUUCAUUGUCCGUUCAAUGGGACAGUAUUUGAGCAAGUGGAAUAUGAGGAUUUUGUGCUGCCGAACCGAAUCAUGGCUUAUCGGAUACACCCUUUUUAUUUGAGAGAACAACAACUUAUUAGCAUUCAAUUUCGCAACAAUGGACAAGGAGAGUUAUUAGUUUGUACAUAUCGUGGAGCAGAAACGUCUCAUAGCUGCCAAACCUUGAAAGACAGAGAAUAUCACAUCUUCAACUUAACUACUCCGUGUACUACCACAAAUUAUUGCCUUCCAGCAUAUUUUACGGCCAGUGCCCGUUCGUCAUCAAACUUAUGUGCAAAUACCGAUUGCCGUCUUCCAAAUGAAGUAUCAUAUUAUAUAGUGCACAGCGGUCUAAGGUGUUUACCUCUACUUGGAAGAGCAGUUCGUUCCUCACCAAUUUGGAUUCCAAUAGCACUAUUAGUUGUAAUCUCAUUAUUACAGUGAAAUAUUCAUACUAGCCAUAUUAAAUAAUUUCUUAUUACAUAGUUAUGGUAAAAUUAAUGUAUAUUCUUUAUGGAGAUUAAAAUAUACUUUGGUUAUUUAUUUGUA